AUGGUGACAGCAACAACACCAAGUAGCAUAGUCAAAGAGCAGAGUCCCGAUGCUGAUAUCUUCUUCCUACUUCAGGAUUGUGGUAUCUCCAGGUCAGGUGCACUGUACAUCAUACAACAUUCAGGACUGAAGAAGGACCAGAGAAUUAUCUUGGCAGCUGCACUACUGAUUUCCUGCCCAGAAGUGACUCACCAGCAUUUGAGCCCAACACAUUGGAGUUUAAAUACUGUAAAGAAAAAAAAAAAAAAUCUGGGAAGCUCCGGCGGCUUGGUCAACAGCUGGGCGUGGGGAGGCCGGGAGGCCGGCAGGCGGCGGUGGGGAGCCCCGGAGGAGGCCGCACUGCUCCCUGCGAGCCAGCCCCACGGCCAGGCGGGGGAUGCCGGGGCGUGGUGCCACGAAGGCGAGGCCAAGGUGGUGCUGCGCAAAGCCGCGUACGACGUGUCUUCCUUCAGCUUCUUCCAGAGGGCCAGUGUCCAGGAGUUCAUGACCUUCACAAGUGAGCUGAUUGUGGAGCGCUCGGCAAAAGGCAGCAGAGCUUCCGUCAAAGAGCAAGAGCAUCUGUGCCAUGUCUAUGUCCGGAAUGACAGUCUCGCGGGUGUGGUCAUUGCUGACGGUGAGUACCCGUCCCGGGUCGCCUUCUCCUUGCUGGAGAAGGUACUGGAUGAGUUCUCCAAGCAGGUUGACAGGAUAGAGCGGCCGGUGGGGUCCCCUGCCACAAUACAGUACACGGCACUGGAUGGUCACCUCAGCAGAUACCAGAACCCUCUAGAAGCAGACCCCACGACUAAGGUACAAGCGGAACUAGACGAGACCAAAACCAUUCUGCACAACACCAUGGAGUCUCUGUUGGAGCGAGGUGAGAAGCUGGAUGACCCGGUGUCCAAGUCGGAAGUGCUGGGAACACAGUCUAAGGCCUUCUACAAGACUGCCCGGAAGCAGAAUUCAUGCUGUGCAAUCAUGGGACGCAGCGUGCACGGCCCCGCGCGGCCCUCACCGUCAUCGCAUCAGGACCGCAGCCCGGGAGAAGCCCCAGAAUCUGAGACGCUAACGGUGUAUUUUUGGGUAAAUGAAACCAUAAACUCUGAGUGGCUCCUGUGGAUACUGAAGGCCUGA